AUGGCAACCUCAGAUGCUUUUCAAAAAUCUUUAUAUAAAUAUGAAGCUCCAUGGACAGUUUAUUCAGUUUCUUGGAGUAAUAGAAAUGAUAAACCAAGAAGAAUUGCAUGUACAUCAUUUAUAGACGAUUAUAUUAAUCAUAUUCAAAUAGUUCAAUUAAAUGAAUCAACUGAUUCAUUAGAGAAAUCUGCUGAAAUAGACCAACCAUAUCCUCCAACAAAAGUUAUGUUUAUGCCACCAUCGUUAAAUCAACAAAAUGAUCUUUUAAUAACUUCAGGAGAUAAUUUACGUAUUUAUGAAAUAUCACCUGAUUCAUCUAAUUUAAAAUGUAAAACAACAUUAAAUUCAUCAACAGAAACUUUUUCACCAUCUACAUCAUUUGAUUGGAAUACAAUUAAUAUUGAUCGUGUAUGUUCAUGUUCAAUUGAUACUACUUGUUCAGUUUGGUCAGUAGAAACUGGUCAAUUAGUAAAAAAAUUAAUUGCACAUGAUAAAGAAGUUUUUGAUGUUUCAUUUGCAGCUAAUCCUGAUAUUUUUGGAACAGUAGGUGGUGAUGGAUCAUUAAGAAUGUUUGAUUUACGUUCAUUAGAACAUUCAACUAUUUUAUAUGAAUCACAAGGUCUUGUUCCUUUAUUACGACUUCAAUGGAAUAAAUUUGAUCCAAAUUUCAUAGCUACAUUUGCUAUGGAUAGUGAUAAAGUAAUUAUUAUUGAUGUUCGUCAACCUGCUAUUCCUUAUACUCAACUAAAAGUUCAUAGAAAUAGUGUUAAUGCUAUUUCUUGGGCACCUAAUAAAGCUACACAAUUAUGUUCUGCAAGUGAUGAUCAUAAAGCUCUUAUUUGGGAUAUUGCACCUAUUGCUGAAGGAGCUGAUCCUCAAGUAUUACAAUAUGAAGCUGAAGCUGAAGUAAAUAACAUAGUAUGGGCAACAUUAUAUCCAGAAUGGGUUUGUGCUUCUGUUGGCAAUCAAAUUCAAGCAUUAAGAGUUUAA